AUAUGAAUAGCAUGGGUGCAGUGAAAUUUUGCUGUAGCAUGAAUUUUCUUGCUCGGGACGCCAAAUUCGGGAACAUCUUCGGUGGCUGAGCCAAGCUUAUACUUGAACAAAGUUCAACAGCAUCGCUAAACUUGUUGCCCGAGAUUCUACCGCCAUGCCCUCCUAUUUGGUGCAAUUUGCACAGUUCCACGAGGAAUUUCGUCUUCCUGAAUUCCAGUCAUUAGCUUGCCUCGAAAAAGUGCCUUACAGCUAUGCCGACGGCAGCUAUAAACUCGAGAGUCCCUUUUUCAAAGUCCAACUCGAUUCGGAUCAAGAUGCCCAGAAAUUGGUAAAGAGAGCCAUUCUGAUCAAGAAUAUCUAUGAAUUGUGGGGCGAAGGAAAAACAUACGAGGAAGUGCACGCUGCAGUGAAGGAGCAUCCUGAGCGUUGGACCGCUUUCAACGAGUGUUCCUUCAAGUUCACUGUGGGCGCUUUUGGAUCCACUAUAUCCGCUGCUGCUCAGUUGGACAUCAUUAAUUCGUUUUCUUUCUUGGGUUUCAAUGGGCCUAUUGAUAUGAAACGCCCUGAUGUUCAAUUCGGUGUACUGGAAGAUUAUGGCGCCACUUCGCCGGCACCCACUGCGCCAAAUUACAUUUAUAUGGGAAAGUUGGUUGCAUCAGGUAGUCGUGAUCUUGUAAACACAUACAAUCUGAAGAAACGCAAAUAUCUUGGAACUACCUCCAUGGAUGCAGAACUCUCGCUCAUCAUGGCCAAUCAAGCUCUCGCGAGUCCCGGAAAACUCGUUUAUGAUCCUUUUGUGGGAACCGGUAGCUUUUUAUUCACAUGUGCUCAUUUUGGAUCGUUUACUUUGGGUUCGGAUAUCGACGGACGACAAAUCCGAGGCAAGAAAGAGGGCGGUGUAAAAACAAAUAUUAAGCAGUAUAACCUGCAGGGUCGGGUGCUGGAUUCCCUUGUAUUUGAUAUCUGCCAUCAUCCCUGGCGCACACGGUCCUGGUUGGAUGCCAUUGUUACAGCUCCUUAUGGUGUUCGUGCCGGUGCCAAGAAACUCGGUCGAAAAGAUGAAUCCAAAAAACCUUUGAAGAUGAGAACAUAUGAAGGGGAACCCAUGCACACUCGAGAGGAUUACUACCCGCCUACAAAGCCGUACGAAAUGUCGGAAGUACUUCGAGAUCUGUUGAACUUUGCCGUGGAAAACCUUCGUAUUGGCGGUCGUUUGGUAUAUUGGCUUCCCACGGUGGUUGAUGAAUAUUCAAAUGAUGAUGUUCCACAACAUCCUUGUAUGGUAUUAAUAUCCAACAGCGAGCAAAACUUUGGGCAGUGGUCGCGACGCUUGAUCACUAUGGAAAAGAGAAAGGAGUGGACCAAGGAAUCACAUGCUACCAUUGCACACAACCUUGAAACCAACGACGAUGGUACAGUUCCGGCUCAAUCGCAAACCGUGUUAGAAGAGGGUACUACAGAGUCCCCUCGUCCCGGACACUUCUUGUUCCGUGAAAAGUACUUCAACUUUGGACGCGAAGACAAUCAAUCCAAUUAACCAUUAUCGAUAUCAAUCUUUUGCAUAACUGCUCGUUUGCUCUGCAAAUAUAAAUAUAGAAGUUUGUUUCCCUUAGAUGCGCUGAAAAUACAAACUAUGCGACAAUUUGCAGAGGAAAAAAUUACAUUAAAUGAACGUGGGCCGGUCUAUGAAGACCCC